UGAGGGCAGGGCCGUUGGGGUCUCGCUGGCAGCACAGAAGCUCUCGGAGGCCACCGGCCCUGCCUGGACCCAAUGGCGUGGCGAGUGGCCAUCCUGGUCCCUCUCCUCUUUCUCUCACUCCCCUGGCAGUGCGCCGAAGCCUGUGGUGCCAGCAGGUGCAGCUUCCAGGACCCGCCCUACCAGAACGCAGACUCAGGGCCUCCUCCGGGCUUGGCCGCAGGUGCCAGGGGCCUGAGCUGCUACCGGACACUGGAUGGCUGUUACGAAUGCUCCUGGGAGUAUGAGGGUCCCGCGGCUGGAGUCAGCCACUUCCUGAGGUUCUGCCUCAGGCCCGGGCACUGCUGCUACUUCUCGGCGGGCGCGGCCACCAGGCUGGAGUUCUCCGACCAGGACGGCGUGCCUGUGCUCGACAACGUCACUCUCUGGGUGGAAUCCAGGGCCGCCAACCGAACCGAGACGUCGCCCAAGGUCACCUUGAUCCUAUACCGCUCCUCCGUGAAAUACGACCCGCCGCCCGAGGACCUCAGAGUGUCCCUCGCAGCCGGGCAGCUGCGCCUGGAGUGGGAGCCCCCGGCCCGCCAGGACGGCGCCGAGGUGCAGGCCCGGCGCCGGACGCCGGACGGCCCGUGGAAGCUGGGUGACUGCGGACCUCAGGAUGAUGCUGGCCUCGAGCGGUGCCUCUGCCCGCUGGAGACAGACGAAGCCCAGGAAGUCCAGCUGAGGCGCCGGCAGCUGGGGCCGGGCGCCCUGCCCGGUCCCUGGAGCAACUGGAGCAGCCCCGUGUGCGUGCCCCCUGAACCGCCUCCGCAGCCCGAGGUGCUGCUCCUGGUGAAGCCGCUGGGCCGGAACGGGAGGAGGCAGGUGGCCCUGCAGAGGCAGCUGCCCCGGCUCCGGCUCCCUGAGGGCUGCCGGGGGCCCGCGUCCGGCGCCCAGGUGACCUACGAGCUGCAGCUGCACAUGCUGUCCUGUCCGUGCAAGACCCAGGCUGUGAGGAACCUGACCCUGCACCUGCAGAGAACACUGAGCCUCUCGGGGGCCGCCUACAACCUGACCCUCGUCCCCAGGAGUCGCUUUGGCUCCGGCCCCAGCCAGUCCUGGCACAUUCCGGCCGACACGCACGCAGAGCCCGGAGCCCUGAACAUCAGCGCCAGAGCCAACGGGACCACCAUGAGCUGGCCGGCCGGGACCCCCGGCCUCACCUACUGCAUUGAGUGGCAGCCCCUGGGCCAGGACGAGAGCCCUGCCAACUGCACCCUGACCGAGCCCAGCGACCCGGACUCCUCUGGAACAGCAGCCCCGCACUGGAGCUGGGCCUCCAGGGCGCCCUCGGCGUGCUACCGCAUCACCAUCUUCUCCUCGGCACGGCCAUGGAAACCCACCUCCUGGUCCACCGUCCUGUCCACCUACCACUUCGAGGGCAAUGCCUCGGAGGCUGGGAGCCCGCAGCAGGUUUCGGUGCAGAAGGUCGGCCCGGACUGGGUGUCUGUGGCCUGGACGCCGUCGCCGCUGAGCUCCUGCCCGGGCGUCCUGCAGAAGUACGUGGUCCGCUGUCGGGAUGAGGACAGCGCCCAGGUGACCGAGCUGCCGGUGAACGCCACGGAGACCCAGGCCACGCUGGCUGGCCUGCGGGCCGGCACUGCCCACAGCGUGCAGGUGCGAGCAGACACUGCCACACUGCGGGGCGCCUGGAGCCAGCCCCAGCGCUUCCGCACAGAUGACCCGCCUUCAGAGUUGUCCAUCUUCCUCGCCUCCCUGGGCAGCUUCCUCAGCAUCCUCCUCCUGGGCGUGCUUGGGUACUUCAGCCUGAACAGGGCUUGGCCGCACCUGUGCCCGCCCCUGCCCACGCCCUGUGCCAGCACCGCGGUGCAGUUUCCCAGCAGCCAGGGGAAGCAGGCCUGGCAGUGGACCAGCCCGGCGGACUUCCAGGAGGAGGAGGAAGAGGCCCUGAAGGAGGCCCUGGUGGUGACCAUGCCUUGCGGAAAAGGCGAGGUGGCUGACCUGCACACGCCCGGCCCUCUCCCGGACCGGACGGAGCUGCCGUGGGGCGCCCUCGAGCCAGCCCAGGACGCAGAGCUGUCCCUGGAGGACGGGAGGCAGGGGCCAGGACCCCCCGAGGCCGGUCAGGAGGGCAGCUCUGCCCGGGCGGCUGGACGGUCCCCGCUCCUGGGAGAUCCAGCGCACAGUCCCGGGUCUGCCGGCCCUCGGCAGAUGGGCCUGGAGGCCUGAAGGGGAAAAGAGGAUUCUACCUCCUCUCAUGGACAGGACAGAGAGACUGACGGUGGACGUCACAGCAGCUGCUGAUUAAAUGCUUUU